AAGUAUUUUGUUUUGUGGGGGUGCUGUUGAGUUGACCUCUAAUUUAUUAUGGUGCAUCCCCUGAACUUGUGUUUUGUUGCAAAAGAUUGAAUAACUUCAGAUGGUUCAACAAACUAUUGAUUCCAAGUUUAGUGGAUAUGGGAUUCCAAAUACUGAAACUGGCUUGGCCAAUCAAGAUAAGCAACUGCCACUGCCAGUGACUGCAAAGAAAAUGGCACUGAGAGAUUUGCAGAAUGAGAAUAGAAUUGCAGUGCCCAAAUCUUUGGGAAGCUCUUUAUUUCCAAAGGAGAGUGGACCCACAAUCAAGGCUGUUAAGGCUUCUGGUACCAAAAGGCCUGCACCUGAGUGUCUGGUGAGUGCACCUCAGCACCAGUCUCCAACCAGUAAUGCUGCAAAUGGGCAUCUUGUGUAUGUUCGUAGAAGACCUGAAGUAGAACUAGCUAAAAGCAGCAUCUUUGAUAACACAAACAGUAAUGCCUAUUGCCCACAAGCAAGAAAACUAGGUGACCAGGAUGAAACACCGCAACCAAAAUCCCAGAUGAAGGAGCCUAAGAUUUGUGUUCCAGAAGUUGCACCUAUUCCAAGGACUUCUUUGAUGUGCUACUCAUCUGGAAAACCAUCAGUUCCUCCCUCUAUUGGGAAGUCCAGUAACAUUGUACAACCAACAGAUGCUAAUUAUCUUCCUAUUUCUUCUUCUACCCCUCCAUUGGAUUAUCCAAAGAAAAUGAAUAACCAGCACUGGGAAGAGCGAUAUUGCCAAUUGCAGGACUUGUUGAAAAUAUUGGAUCAAUCAAAUCAAGAAGAUUAUGUUCAGAUGCUUCGAUCCCUCUCUUCAGUUGAACUUAGCAGGCAUGCUGUCGAACUAGAAAAGAGAUCAAUUCAGCUUUCUUUGGAGGAAGGUCGUACAUCUGUUUUCUUUUAUUUUUUGUGGAGAAUGGGUAUUGGAAGCUGCCACCAUCAGGUUCAGAUUCUUCGAGUUUUCUCUUACAUAGAAAGGAUUUAUUAGCAUCUAACAUGGGUACAAGGUGCCAAAAAUGGUAACUUUUUGAAAUGGAAAUUGAGACUAUUCUGAACACAGACAUAGGUGGUGGGGUCUGAGACAGACACCAGCAGCAGCCUAACAUCAUAAAAUAGGUAAGACUUUGCUUCCAUAGGUAGUCCUUCUUUUAGGUAUAUUGUGGACCUUGCUGUUGUAUGAAUAAUAAAUUAUAGUAUGAUGAUAUGCCAUCUGCUCUGGAGUUUUAGGGUUUAAAAUUUGGUAUCUCGGUUGGAUAUCAUGGAUUAGAUGCUAAAUAUGCUCCCCAUGUUGGAUUCUUAUUGACAGACUAUUUGUAGCAAAAACUGCUUUUAAAAUCAUCUAUAUUAUUAUAAAGGGCCCGUUUAAGAAUUGGCUAUUUUAGUUGGUUUUUUGGCUUUUUACGAAAGGAUGCACAGAAAAGUAGGGAGAGUGAUGUGACAACUUGUAGUGGCUUUUUGGCUAUUUUCUAUACUUCCCAAACAAGGCCAAAGAUAGAACACUAGUUUGGUGUUUCCUUCUUUUGAAUCCCAAUAAAUUUUUUGCUUUUCUGGGAAAAUGUAAUUGUUUAAAGUAAGCUAUUCUAGGAAUUUUCUUAUCAUUUAAGAAUGUGAUUUAAAACUCCUAUUCUUUUGCAAAUAUCGAGAAGUGGGAAAUUGAUUGACUGAUUGGUGGGGGUGAAGGAUGAGAGAAAUAAAUUAGAUUCCGUGAAAAUCUCUCCCACUUCAUUUUUUUGGUUAAACUGCUUAUGACUGGCCACAUUUAUACUUUCCAUCUCUUUUCGAUGCUGCAUAGGCGUAGUGUGUGCAUUCCCUCUAUUGUUUAACAUUCUUCCAUAAAAAUUGUGUAUAUUUACUAGAACUGUUGUGUACUUUAUAAGGUAAAGAGGUGGCUAGUUUGUUUUUAGCCAAGGAGGUGGUUAUAUACAGGGCAAUUUACGCCAUUACUUCAGAAUUACAGUAAACGUUAAAGGGUUCAAUAAACAAUUCAGAUAGUGAUAGUUUUGCACGCACAGUAUGAUGGAAUUGUCUAUUUUUACCAUAACCGCCUCCUCUCUGCUACAAUUACCUACUUUUUCUGUUAGAAAGCUAAGGUAGAAAUAACAUAGCUACUUUAUACUGUCUACAAAAGGUUAUUGUCACCUGGUGUGUUGUAUUGCAUCGUUUGGGAUGGGGUUUUGUUUGAUUGUUCCAUUUUGUGCAACCAUUUCGUCUGUUAAUGCAGGAAUUUUUGCGCUUCUGUUAUGGUAAUGACUAUUUUGUAAUAGCUAGUUUUAAAUGUAUUGUCAUACUGCUAAUUGCAAGGUCUCUAAUAUUGUCUUUUUGUCUCAAAGCAGCUGACCAUACUUCGGUUGCCAUAGGCAACUGUAAAACUUAAGUUUUUUUCUUUUGAUUUUAUACUCUUCCCCUCCUCUUUUUACUUUUCCAUUAAUUCUGACCGAUAAAAAUAGGAUAAUGAUUAUUCCAAAAUUUAUUUUUGUUGUAUCUUUAAUGGUGACAUUUCAAGUCAUCGUUAAUUAUGAUUAGCAUACUGGAUUAUAUCAAUUAUGCUUAAGAUAAGAUCCCUUUCCUUAAUUGGUUUUAUUUGUUUUCUGAUUUCUACAAGUAUCAUAUUUUUUGCUGCAACAUGAUUUUUUUUUUGGAUGGAUGUAUAUUUUUGAUAUUGGAGAUUGUUU